GCCCAUAUCCAUCAUCAUUCUGUCCCUUCACGCUGUUUGUAGUGGUGCUGUGCCAUGCGUGCUGGCUCAGUGCUUCUAAGCAAACGAAGCUGACUGUGAUCUCACAGCAGCUGAUGAGAUGCAGGGCUGAGUCUGUGAACAGGGUGAUUUCAGCCAUCCUCCCUUCCUUCUACCUGAACAACUGGCCCCCAGGCUGCUUCUCCAGGUCUGUUUGACAGCAUAGCUGCCUCCUGUGGAACAACACUGCCAGAGACGCCAGAGGAACCCAGAGGUUGUGCUAGAGCUGUACUACAAACCCACAAGAGGUCCCAGCAGCUCUCAAGACUGUGCAGACGAACACUGGAAUAUCCCACACAGAUUGAUCUCUGUGCUCUGAAGCCCAGCAGGCACUGUGAUCUUGAACAGCUGUUUCAGCAACAGAGACAAAAAUGAGCAGCUUGCUCUUUCCGUCUGAGAUGCGAGUUUCAUAUUUCAGCUCCUCCUUCACAUUCCAGGCCUGCCCAGGCUCUCCUCCACAGAUUUCAAAAAUGGAGCCUUUUACAACUACUUAUCCUCUGAAAUACUCAGUGCCCAAAGCCAGGGUCGUUGUGGUCUUUCUGUCAGUGGUUUUGUGUACCACCAUUCUCUGCCUGCUACAACUCAGAAUUUUUAAACCUAAAAUCAAAGAUUUUUAUUCUUUUGAAGUCAAAGAUUCACGAGGAAGGAACAUUUCCUUGGAGAAGUACAGAGGGAAAGCAACUUUAGUUGUAAACGUGGCCAGUUACUGCCAAAACACACACAAAAAUUACAUCGCACUGCAAGAGCUACACAGAGAGUUUGGUCCCUCCCACUUCACUGUGCUGGCAUUUCCCUGCAACCAGUUCGGAGAAUCAGAGCCUAGUUCAAGCCCGGAAAUAGAAUCUUUUGCAAAAGGAAACUAUGGAGUAACCUUCCCCGUUUUCCACAAAAUCAAGAUCCUAGGAUCGGAAGCAGAUCCUGCCUUUAAAUUUCUAAUAGAUUCUUCAAAGAAAGAGCCUCGAUGGAAUUUCUGGAAGUACCUUGUUAGUCCUGAGGGUAAAGUUGUGAAAUUCUGGAGACCCGAAGAGCCAGUACAAAGUAUCAAGCCAGAAGUAGCAGCAUUAAUCAGGCAGAUUAUCAUGAAAAAAAGAGAGGACCUCUGAAAAAGCCAUUUAUACUGUGAAUCUAUUCAAUAGCAUGGAUACACAGCCUUUAUACAUUCCCAGGAAAUGUUGCUAGAAGCUAAACCAUCAGGUGAUUUUACUACUCUUUAGUGCUGGUAUUUGCAACCAAUAUGGUUGGUAAUAUGUCUAUUAAUGCUGGAUUUGCCCCUGCAAUAGCCUUGAGAAGGACUGAGUUUACUGAGAUGGCAAGGCACUAAGUACCUUGCAGGAUGGACCUUCAAUCUACAUAAGGUUUCUGAAUGUUGCUUUUUUUUUUUAAUUGCUGAUAAUUGCUAAUUCAAUUGUCACCAGCAGAGAGAUAGCUGGAAAGAAGAUUAUUAAUAAAUUGCUCAGUAUUUGCACAAGUUUCUUUCCCAUCUACCAGUAACAAACAGAUUUUGAUAUUCCAUUAGCACAUACUUGCCCUGUCUGAAGCAUACGGAGCCCAGAGGCAUCCAUGGCAGGGUCUUUAGAGGCAAAUGUAACUGAAGAGACUAGCUUUGCAGCAUUCUCUCGAUGAAGACUAUGGAAUUGUGAAGCUGUCAGUUGUAAAAAAACUGUACAUAGAGAAUGAUAAAUGUAAAAGAAAAAAAUUGCAGAAAUGUUUUCUUGCCUGCUUUAUGUUUUGAUUCACUUUACAUUUCACCUUUAGAGCAACACCCUUUAACUCCUUAGCCGUCUUUAUACAUUUGCACCAAGGUACUUUGCCUUGACUGUGAGCUCCUCUCCUAUUGGAUUCCUGGUUUUCUGACCUGGGUGAAGGCAGGGCCUGUGUGAAUAUACAUGGUUGCUUACAGAAGGAUUCAAGGUGCAAUGAAAAUCAGGAGUCUGGGACUCUCACAGAUGUUUUUCUGAGGCUGUCCAAGACAAUACUCUCCAGCCAUCUGCCUACCUACCUCCCAUCUUUUGAAUAAAAAAACAGUCUUCUUGCAGAGGUAGAAGAAAGAGGAGAAGGUUCACAGUUCAAGCUCCACUCCUCUCACCUUGCAAUCUCCCCAGUCGUACAUGUAACUGCAAACCCAUUGCCAGUUCUGCUCCACUGUUCUAUUACAAACUGCCAAGUGUUUUGACUUAUCUGUUUGAAAAAGGGAGAUAGUAAAUUUGAAUAAGAAAUGUCACUCCAGAUGUCCAAGUCCUAAUGGAGGGGUGAGAGAAUAGAAAUGAGAGAAACCUAUGUCUUGGAAGAGUUUUCUACAUGAGAAGGAUGGAUAGCAUUAGUGCAGUCAUCUUGUAAAACUAACUGAAAAUAACUAAAGUGCUUCAAAACUUUUUCUAAU